AUGAACGAGAGCAGCCCCCAGAGCAACAUCAGUAGCACAAUCAGCCUCCACGGUCACCAGGAGCCCCAACCGCUGCCACCGCCGCCCUCUUCGGCUGCAUCCCAUAGCCCUGUCUUCGCCCCGGCCCCCGGCCCCGGGUCCAUGCUCGGUAAGCGAAAGCGCGUGGCGCUCGCCUGUGACGUCUGUCGCGAUCGCAAGGUCCGUUGUGACGGGGCCAAGCCAGUCUGCGGGCCCUGUAGCAAGCGCUCCACGGCCCUGCCCCGGUGCCAGUACAAUGUCGUCGCCCACAGCGCCAAGCGCCUGAGUGAGCAAGAGUACAUUGCCAGCCUCCAGCAUCAGGUCCAGCAUCUGCAACAGCAGGCAGCUCCCGUCCAGCAGGCCUCUCUCAGCAGCACACAUGACCCCGUCGGCGACAACUCGGCCGUCACCCCGUCCCGGCCCUCGCCCGCUGGCCCGUCCCAGCACGCGCUGCCUGCUGCCCACGAUGUCGAGUCUCCUGACGUCCAGACAUCUGCCGGCGAAGAAUGUGGGCCCAGUCUCAUCAGUGCCAUGGGUGUGUCCGUGGCCAGCCCCGACCAGCUGCCGAAAACUCACCAAAGGAGCCAAGAGUACUACGGCAAGUCGUCUCUCGUAUCGCUGGUCCAGGAGGCUGUCCCGCCUUCUUCUGCAAGGGCUCGCCAUGAUACCGUCGAGCCUCGUGUACGUAAUCGUUCUUCGUCCCGGGCUUCGGAAGCUCUCUCGGGACUUGGCAUCCAGACAGGUUCUCCCUCGACGCGCCUCAAUCCCUUGCUCCAAGCGCAGGUUGCGUUGCCUCCCCGUCAACUCGCAGACGACUUGAUGACCGUAUAUUUUAACAACAUACACAUUUUCUAUCCAUGGACACACUCUGUUAGUUUCCGGGACUCGUACGAGCGUCUGUGGACCCCUGGUGGAACGUCCAGCACAGGCAGCUAUCGGUUCGCGCCUGUUGAUGUCGGUCUCGGUAGUGCAAACUGUCCUCGACACAUAUUCCUCACUGCUGUCAAUGCCAUGUUUGCGCUGGGCUGCGAGUUUUCCGAGUAUCCCCCGGAAGAAAAAGAGGCAGCCGCUGUUAUGUUCUUCGAGCGAGCAAGGAAACUGAUGAACAUUGACAUUCUCGAGAGCGGUAGCAUCUCGCAUAUCCAAGCACUACUUCUCGUUGCUCAGUAUCUGCUCUGCACGCAAUACCCUACUCAAUGCUGGAAUAUCGUUGGCUUUGCAUGUCGGAUGGCUGUUGGCCUUGGGCUCCAAUCGUCACACUCUCCGGAUGGCCUGUCAGACGCCGAGAUUGAGGUCCGACGGCGAGUCUGGUAUGGCUGUAUACAAAUGGACAUGACCGUGAGCAUGACUCUGGGACGUCCACCGUCGGUCUAUACGAGUGGAGAUGUCCCACUUCCUCGCGCCAUUGAUGAUCAGUUCCUGUCUCUAGACACGACACAACGUUCUGCCCAGCCGGACGGCACCAACUCCACUAUGAUCUUCACUGUACAGAACAUCAAAUUUGCAAACCUUCUAGGCACUAUACUGCGUACCGUCUAUUACCCCUCUGGAGAGGCCAAGGUCUCUCGACAUAAACCUGCCGAGCACAACUACCACCGCGAAGAGUUUUACACCAUACUCGAACUUGAAUCGCAGUUGGAAGCCUUGGCCGACUCAGUUCCGGAUCCAUUGCACUGGGGUCGGCCUGGCAGCAUCACCAACUCAGCGUUCUUCUCUGGCGAUAAUGAGCAGACCUUCAGACGGCAGGCCAACGUGCUACGAGCCAGGUAUCUGCAUACCAAGAUCCUCCUCUACCGACCAAGUUUCACCAGUUUCUGCGCAGCUGCCCACCGUCAUUCACGGGAGCCUAGCCCCCAAGAGGGCAGAAUUGCUGGCCUGAGCAGUUCACUCCGGCUGCAGACAGCCGUUCAAUGUGUGAAAACUGCCUGCGAGUUGGUAAGAUCCAUCAAGAGCGCAACGAUGAAACAUGCUACGGGGGCUUGGUGGUUCAGUCUUUUCUAUCUCAUCACUUGCUCCGUCAUCAUUAUUGUCGCCGACUGCACGCCACCCCUCCAGUCUUUGCUAGGCCCUUCACUACUCGAAUCCGCUUGGGUCGACUGUGUUGAGGCAUUGAGUCUCACUAGGAGUUGUAACAUACGAGCCGGCUCGUAUCUUCAAUCUCUCCAGCUUUUGCGCGAGAGAAGUCUAGCUGUUGUGCACACGAGGACUAGCGGUGGUCUACCAAAUGGAAGUCAAGUUGACGCGACAGCCACCGCAGCGGCAACCUUUGGCGAUGGUGGCGGCGGCGGGGUUCCUGACUCGUCUCAGCAGCACGAGUGGGACCACGAGUUUGACAUCCACGCACUAUUGGGUACGUGGGAAGCUGAUCUGAACAGCAUCCAUGCGCCUAUGGGCUCUACUGCAGGCAUGAAUAAUUUUGGUUUCGAAGUUAUGAGCUUUCUGUAA